AUGUCUACCACAACACCACUGAAUGUUGAAAAAGAAGAACCUAAGUAUAUUGCUAUGAGAAAUAAGCUUAUUGAAAUUUCUCGACAAUUAACAAUAGCAAAAAAGUUAUUACUUCAACACUGUCCUGAAAGAUUAGACUCAGAAGGGAAUGUCCUCAAAAAUUACAAAAGUAAAAAAGAAAAGAAACCUAAAAAAAAUCAGAUAUCUUCUAACAGACGAGUAUUUGUUAAAAAAUCUUCUAUCUUUGAAUUUAGUAAAAAUGUUGGUGGGUGCAAUGUUAUUACUCGUCAGUUAACUAAAACUGCAUCUGAAUUAGAUAAAUUCGAUAAAACUACUUCACUUUCAACUAAAAGAUACAAAUUUAAAAAUAAUGAAGUAGCGCAUUGUUAUGGUUGUAAUAAACUUUGUGCUUCAAUGCAUCCUGUGUACGUCUACUCAUGUAGAAAUUGUGGUGAGUUAUUCCAACAAAACAGAAAUUUAACAAGAGACUUAUCUAAUACAGUGUCAUUGGUUAUUGGUUGUAGAACUAAAUUAGGACAUCAAGUUACUUUAAAAUUACUUCGAGCUGGUAGUACUGUGAUUGGAACAACAAGAUAUCCUGAAGAUACAAAAAUUUUAUUUUCUCAGUACGAAGAUUACGAAAUAUUCAAAGACCGAUUAAUCAUUUAUAAUAAAGGAUUAGAUCUUGACACCAACCAUUUAGAAAAUAAUUUUAGAGACCUUAAAGAAUUCAUUGAACAAAAAUAUGGACAUUUAAAUCAUUUUAUUUUCUGUGCUGCUCAAACUAUUCGAGUAAGAGAAAAAGAACGAAAUAGAGUAAAAGAAGAAAUGAAAGAAACAAACAGAUAUGGAGAUGCAAAAUUUGUAAAAGAGACUAAUAUAAAUUCAUGGAAAAUGACAAUAGAAGAUUUAAAUCAAAAAGAAAUGGAAGAGGUAAUAAGAAUUAAUUCUAUUGCACCAACGUUAUUAACUAAAAUGUUGAUUCCAUUAUUAAAAAAGUCAACAAUCAUACCAUACAUUAUUUUUGUACAUGCAAGGGAAGGUGUUUUUCAGUGUCAUAAAACAAAAUAUCAUAUUCAUACAAAUAUGGCUAAGGCAUCAUUGGCAAUGCUUACAUUAUGUCUUUGUUCAAGUAAUAUAAUAACGGAAAACGGAUUACCAUUUUCUGUUCAUGGAUGUGAUCCUGGAUGGAUUUCAGUUGAUGAAUAUUACGAAAAUGAUAAACCAUUUGAAGUUGCACCUUUAGAUGAAGUUGAUGGAGCCUCAAGGGUCUUAUAUCCAUUAUUUAAAGAAUUAAGAAGUGAAUCAAAAACACGCAGACAUUAUACCAACUUAACUUUUUAA